AUGACCAUCGACUCAGUACUUCCAGCUAAACUGCGGGUUGCUAUAAUUGGUGCUGGUCCUGCAGGACUGGGAGCAGCCAUUGAAUUUGCCAAACUGCCCUUUGUGGAACUACGUGUCUAUGAGCAGGCUCGGGAGCUUCGGGAAGUUGGUGCAGGGAUCAGCAUCCAGCAAAAUACUUGGCGUAUGCUCGAUGUGUUUGGUGUAUAUGACAACAUCGACCCGAAAGAUCUGUUCCGUCCGGCAGAUGGGCACUCAGUUCAGCAUCGAAACGGGAGGACUGGGGAGCUAUUGUUGUCGAAGGCACAGGAAGGCACACCUCCUCGCUAUCUUCACGCCCGCACGCUGCGCUCCGUGCUGCAACAGGCUCUCUUAAAAGGUGUCGACAAAUCGAAGCUCCGACUGUCAAGUCGACUCGCCGAAGUUGUCCAGCUCGCCUCUGGCGCAUUCUUCUUACGCUUUGAGGAUGGCCACACUGAUGAAGUUGACCUUCUCGUUGGGGCUGAUGGUGUCCGAUCAGUCGUCCGACAAUUCGCCCACCCCGAUCACCGUCUCAAGUACAUCGGAACUACAGCAUACCGUGCACUUGCAGAUGCCCGUGACAUCCUGAGUAUCCCUGGAAUCCCAGACUCCGUGACCUUCUGGCAUGGACCAGCCGAUCGUCUGUACACCUGCAAUUUGAACAACAAUGUUUAUGAGAUCGCUGCGCGAGUACCUCAAACUGCGGAGACUGCUCCAGUUAGUUGGGGGCAGGAUGCAAGUGUGGAGGAGUUCAGCUGGAGAUACAAAGACUUCUCACCAGCUCUUCAAAGCGUACUGGAUAAGAUCAAGGUAGUCAAGAAAUUUGCACUUUUCUCUGGACCACGGUUGUCGAGUGUUGUCUCUCAUGGAUCGAUCGCGCUUAUCGGUGACGCGUCGCAUCCUCUAUCCGGUGCAUUCGGCGCUGGCGCCGCCUUUGCCCUUGAGGACGUUUACGUACUCACCCGCGCCGUGAAAUGGGCCCACGAGCGAGGUCUUCCGAUACAAGAAGGAUUGGAACUCUUCGAUAGAGUUCGAGCACCACAUUAUGCGGCCAUGUAUGACAUUCUGGAUGGUUAUGGAAAAUCAGACGUUUCGGUUAAAGCAACGGACGACUUCGAUGAAGCUGUAUCGAUGAUUGUUGCCAACAAGUGGGAUGAUGACCAUGGGUGGUUGUAUAGCUAUAAUGUCGAGGAGGCGUGGAGGGAAACCUACGAGGCAGAGGAUGCUCGGCGCGCCGCGGUGGAGCAGUCAGCUCGUGGAGAAGAGUUGAAUUCGCGGCUGUAG